AUGGCGUCUCGGCUUGAUCGGCUCGUUACCAUCCUUGAAACGGGCAGCACCCGACUGAUACGGGACACUGCUGUCAACCAGCUCGCCGACUGGCAGAAACAACACCCCGAGGAGCUAUUCAACCUCCUAUCCAGGGUUGUCCCCUAUCUUCGGCAUAAGGACUGGGAGACCAGAAGCACCGCUGCCAAGGCGAUAGGGAAGAUUGUCGAGAAUGCGCCGCUUUACGACCCCAAUCCAGUUGAAGGAGGAGCAAUUUCCGCAGCAGAACCAGCGGGUGACAUUAGCUCCGUUAAGAAGGAGGAGCAAGAAAACUCCGUCUUCGAUCAAGAGGAGUACUUCAGCCUCGAGACCCUAGACAUCGCCAAUGUUCUCAAAUAUGGGCGGCCUCUGCUUCGCGGCGGUACCGUGGACUACGCGCUCGCUGCCCUCGAUCCCCAGAAACGGCUGUGCCAUCAGAAAAAGACGCUGAAUGGCAGGCUGGGUCUGCUUGGUCGGGUCUUCGAGGACGACGAGGUGCCCGUACUUGCCGAGCAAAUCAUCAGCCCUGAAACGCCCCACGAGGCUGCGGGUUCAAUCGGGCUUGGACGGCAGGAUAGCACCAAUGACAACCAGGGGCUAAACCAGGACGAAAGUAAACUGAGCACACGACAGCUGAACGUCCUGAAGAGAAAAAGGAAGCGGGAGGCGCAGAAAGCCGCUCAAGGCAAGAGCGGGUUUGGUGAUCUGACGUUUCGCAGAACGACAACAGCAGGCUCCGACGGGUUUGCUGACGAUACGCCGAUGCCGGAUGCCGACUCCAAGAAGAAUGGGAAGAUGUCCGAUUACUUCAGUCUCGACCGCCCUGCCGACGUGGACGAAGAAACCAAGGUUGUGUCCGAAUUCAAGGGACCCAUGCUACCGAUCAAGUCUGAGCUCGAGGCUGAUGAGAGCAUGGAGGGCACCGAAUGGCCAUUCGAGCGGCUCUGCGAAUUUCUCAAAGUCGAUUUAUUUGACUCGCAGUGGGAGACACGCCAUGGCGCGGCCAUGGGCCUGAGGGAGAUCGUGCGAGUUCAUGGCGCAGGCGCCGGAAGGCGCAAGGACAGGCCGCGCAAGCAGAACAAUGAUCUCAAUCGCCACUGGCUUGAUGACCUGGCGUGCCGGCUCUGCUGCGUCCUCAUGCUGGACAAGUUCACUGACUACAGCUCCGACACAUCCGUUGCCCCGAUUAGGGAGACGGUUGGCCAGACCCUUGGCUCAGUCCUUCGGCAUAUUCCGGCGACCUCUGUCUACGCCAUUUACCGCAUGCUCUAUCGGAUGGUGAUGCAGGAGGGCCUGCAACUGGAGCAGAAUGUUUGGGCCGUCUGUCACGGAGGCAUGGUGGGUCUGAGGUACGUCGUCGCCGUGCGUAAGGACCUCCUACUUCAGGACGGCGACAUGAUCGACGGAGUCAUCCGUUCGGUCAUGAAGGGCUUGGGUGACAUGGAUGAUGAUGUCCGCUCAGUCAGCGCGGCUACCUUGAUUCCCAUGGCCAAGGAAUUCGUCACGAUGCGCCGAGGAGCUCUCAACGACCUCAUCGGCAUCGUCUGGGAGAGCCUGUCCAACCUUGGCGAUGAUCUGAGUGCCUCGACUGGCAAGAUCAUGGAUUUGCUCGCUACCCUGUGCAGCUUCCCUGAAGUCUUGGAAGCCAUGAAAGUCUCAGCUUCCGAAGACGAGGAGAAGUCUUUCACUCUCCUCGUUCCCAGACUCUAUCCUUUCCUCCGGCAUACCAUCACCUCCGUGCGGCUUGCCGUGCUGAAAGCUUUGAUGACCUUCGCGAAGCUCGGGGGCGAGGCCUCUCAAGGUUGGCUCAACGGGCGGAUCCUCCGCCUCGUCUUCCAAAACAUACUGGUCGAGCGAGACCAGGACACGCUCAACAUGUCCAUGGAGCUGUGGCAUGCUCUUGUGCUUUCACUCUCUGACAACCCAGCUGUACUUGCCGAUGAGUUCGAGGCCCACGUGGAGCCACUGAUGCAGUUGGCACUCCACCCCGUUGGUGUCCCGCGGCACCCCAUCCCCAUGAACGCAAGCCUCUUCCAGAAGCCAUCCGGCGGAACAUACUCCCUUCCGGGUAUCGCUUCUACAGCCGGUAGGCGGUCGUCACCUCCCGAGGGCGAGAGAGCCACAAAGCGCCGGCGGAAGUCGACAAAGGUGGACGAUGUUCCCGCUCCCGCGCGGAGUCAUGAUGUUGAUGGGCACAUGAUCCAAGGCGAUGUUGACCUUGUGGGCAUGGAUGUCUUGAUCCGCUCGCGUGUCGCAGCAGCCAGGGCUAUGGGCCUCAUCAUGUCCUUAGUUCCGCCCUCCAAGUUGGUCUCGUAUGAUAGCGGCAUCCUCCAGGGUCUUUCAUCUCCGUUCGCGUCAACCCAACUUGCCGCCGCUAUGGUCAUUGAUGAGUAUGCGAAGAACUGCGCCACGCCAGACCUGGCCGCACAGUUCAUCGAGCCUCUGCAGAAUAUCAUCGACCACGAUCGGCCAUCACAUUACCGGGACUUGGUCAGCUAUGUUCACCGGGUACGCUCGCAGUCGCAGCAGCUCAUCAACCUCUUCCGUGACCACGGCAAAGUCUCUAACAGCAGGCUUCCCACCCUGGCCGUCGUGGUACAAGGCGAGCCGGAAGCGGGCCCCGGAGCGUUUUCUGUCGCGAAUGCGGAGAAGGUCGUGGGCGAAGACUUUGAGAAGCUCAAGAAGUAUAUGGCGCCCGGUCAACGUCUGAUUGCCGUUAAAGAGCUCAACGAGGCCCGCGACGCAACAAUUGCAGCGAUUGAGGAAGCCAAGGCGGCCAAAGAGGCCCGUGAUGCUCGCAUACGGGCUGCGUCUGCUUGCGCUUUGGUUGCCAUGAAGUUCCUUCCCAAGAAACCCAGUCCUCUCAUCAAGGCGAUUAUGGAUAGUAUUAAGACCGAAGAGAAUCACGAGCUUCAGGGCCGCUCUGCGGCGACGAUUGCGCGCCUUGUCCAGUUAUUGACCGAGACCGGCCGCCGGAACCCUGCCGACAAGGUUGUCGCCAACUUGGUCAAAUUCUCGUGCGUCGAAGUCGCGGAAACGCCCGAAUUUCCCAACCACGCUAUGAAGACGAACGUCAUCCUGUCAAUGCAGAAGGAGGAGGACAGGGUCGACCACCCCGAUGCAGCCAAGUUUGCACGAGAGGCUAGAGCGGCGCGCAUCACCCGCCGCGGCGCUAAAGAAGCACUUGAGAUACUCUCACAGACCUUUGGUGCUGAUCUCCUCACUCGGGUUCCGAGCCUGCAAACGUUCAUGGAGGAGCCUCUGGUGAAGGCCUUCUCUGGUGACCUCCCCGCGGAGGCGAGGGAUCCGGAGAACACGUUCGGCCAGGAGAUUGUCGACGCUAUGUCUCUGAUCCGGACCAUGACGCCGACGCUUCAUCCGGCGCUCCAUUCCUUCGUCAUGCGGCAGGUCCCCCUCGUAAUCAAGGCUCUGCGGUCCGACUUGUCUGUGUUCCGCUACAUGGCAGCCAAAUGCAUAGCGACGAUAUGCAGCGUGAUCACGGUGGAUGGCAUGACGGCCUUAGUAGAGAAGGUUCUGCCGUCCAUCAACAAUCCUCUGGAUCUCAGCGUCCGCCAGGGCGCCAUCGAGGCCAUCUAUCACCUCAUCGCUGUGAUGGGCGACGCCAUACUCCCCUACGUCAUCUUCCUCAUCGUACCAGUGCUGGGUCGGAUGAGCGAUUCGGACAAUGAAAUCAGGUUGAUCGCUACAACGUCUUUUGCCACCCUGGUCAAGCUGGUUCCGCUCGAGGCUGGUAUCCCCGAUCCCCCAGGUCUCUCGGAGGAGCUGUUGAGGGGCCGGGACCGAGAGCGCACGUUCAUCGCGCAGCUCUUGGAUCCCAAAAAGGUUGAACCCUUCCAGAUUCCGGUUGCCAUCAAGGCCGAGCUUCGCUCUUACCAGCAAGAGGGUGUCAAUUGGCUCCACUUCCUCAACAAGUAUCAUCUGCACGGAAUCCUUUGCGACGACAUGGGUCUAGGCAAGACACUGCAGACCAUUUGCAUCGUAGCAAGCGACCACCACCAGCGGGCUGAAGAAUAUGCAAAGACCGGUGCGCCGGAUGUCCGACAGCUUCCAUCCCUCAUCGUCUGCCCGCCCACUCUCUCUGGGCAUUGGCAACAGGAGAUCAAGACAUACGCCCCUUUCCUGAGCGUGACGGCAUACGUCGGUCCUCCAGCUGAGCGCCGAGCUAUCAAGGAUAUGCUUGGCAAGACCGACAUUGUGAUCACUUCAUACGACGUCUGCCGGAAUGACAUCGAUAUGAUCGAGAAAUAUAACUGGAAUUACGUCGUGCUCGAUGAAGGCCACUUGAUCAAAAAUCCGAAAGCCAAGAUCUCAAUGGCGGUCAAGCGACUGGUUAGCAAUCACCGACUCAUCCUGACAGGCACACCGAUCCAGAAUAACGUGCUCGAGCUCUGGUCUCUCUUCGACUUCCUGAUGCCUGGCUUUCUCGGUGCGGAAAAGGUCUUCCUCGACCGAUUUGCAAAGCCGAUCGCGAACAGCCGGUACAGCAAAGCUUCGUCAAAGGAGCAAGAAGCCGGCGCGCUAGCCAUCGAGGCACUGCACAAACAAGUUUUGCCGUUCCUCCUGCGUCGGCUCAAGGAAGAGGUGCUCAACGACCUGCCGCCCAAGAUCCUUCAGAACUACUACUGCGACCUCAGCGACCUGCAGCGGAAGCUCUUCGAGGAUUUCACAAAGAGAGAAGGCAAGAAGAUCUCGGAGCAAGCCGGAAGAGACGAUAAAGAUGCCAAGCAACACAUCUUCCAGGCGCUGCAGUACAUGCGCAAGCUCUGCAACUCGCCGGCACUCGUCAUGAAGCCUGGCCACAGGGCAUAUGAGGACACACAGAAAUUCCUGGCCAAGCAGAACACUAGCCUGGAGGACCCGGCGCAUGCGCCUAAACUGACGGCGCUCCGCGAUCUCCUCGUCGACUGCGGCAUUGGUGUCGAGGGCCAAGAGUCGUCCGACCCACUGUACACGCCCAUCAAGCCGCAUCGCGCUCUGAUUUUCUGUCAGAUGAAGGAGAUGCUCGACAUGGUGCAGAACACGGUGCUGAAGAGCAUGCUUCCGUCCGUGUCGUAUCUUCGCCUCGAUGGUUCCGUCGAGGCAAACCGGCGCCAGGAUAUCGUGAACAAGUUCAACAGCGAUCCCUCGUACGACGUCCUUCUCCUCACGACCAGCGUGGGCGGUCUUGGGCUGAACCUCACGGGAGCCGAUACGGUCAUUUUUGUGGAGCACGACUGGAAUCCGCAGAAAGACCUCCAGGCCAUGGACCGGGCCCACCGUAUCGGGCAAAAGAAGGUAGUCAAUGUGUACCGACUGAUCACCCGCGGCACACUGGAAGAGAAGAUUCUCAGCCUGCAGCGGUUCAAGAUCGACGUCGCCAGCACAGUCGUCAAUCAGCAGAACGCAGGACUGGCCACCAUGGACACGGACCAGAUCCUCGACCUCUUCAACCUUGGCGACUCGGGACCGAACCUCAUUACGGAGAAGGGUAAGGAGAGCAUCGAGGGCCGAGAAGAGGAAAUGGUGGACAUCGAGACAGGCGACGUCCGGCAGCCCGGCAAGAAAGCCGCCUGGCUCGAAGGGCUGGGUGAGUUGUGGGACAACACGCAGUAUGAAGAGAGUUUUGAUCUGGAUGGUUUCUUGAAGACCAUGCAAAGAGGCAUGUCACCCUUAUACCCGGCGGACAAGGCAGAGGAUGACGAGGACGAAGACGUCGUGGAGGGGGCGGCUACCUUCAACAUUCGAGAUUCAAUACCUCCGUACUAUUGCAACAAGGACGAGUCAUCAAGUCCCUCCAUGGUGGCAAAAUACGAGUUGCUCGGGUUUGCUUUUUGCUUGGAGAGCUUCUAAUUGGUGGCUACAGGGUGUUGGUUGAGCGAUGCUAUUACGGCGGCAAGGGUUUGGAGCUGAACAAGCGGCAUUGGGUUGGGACAAAAACGGGGUUUAUGAAUGGACUGCUUGGUUGGAUUGUAUGGGAGUGCGUGAUAUGGAAGCAUGUGCUUGUACGCUGCGCUGCUUGUGGCAGCUUAGAAGUAUAGAAGCUACUAAGACUCCGUAGUGUAUGGAUGAUCGAUGCGUUGCAUUCUUGACUUCGCGUAUUCAAUUCCC